CAAUCAGAAGCCGGGCUCACCGUAGACAGGGAGGCGAUUAAAACUGUGGUUACACCACAAGCCCAUUAGAUGGCGACAAAAAAGACGGAAGACAUCAAAGCUCCUCCCUAAGGACUGGCGUGUUUUCAUCAGAGAAACAUGUGGAUAGGCCCAAACAGUGGGCUCAAUCAUGGGCGAGUCGUCCGCUCGUCGAACAGGCGACGACGCCAGACGUUUUUCCCACUCGGUCAGCCCUCCCGCUGGCCCCCCUCCCUCUAAGAAGGAGCGCCUUAGAUCGCUGAUGGUACUUGCGGGUUUCUCAACCUUUUCUGGACUGGCCACAAUUUCCUGGAGGCGGAGUCACGGCCAGGAUCCAACCAGUUCUACAAGACAGAGGUUAAUAAUCAUCUGACAGGGAUAGAAGUGACAGAAACAAAGCCAGGAUGGAGUUUACCUUGUGGUUGUCUGCGUCUCUGAAGGACAAGGCAAAGUAGUCCCGCUCCAGGAGGUUGACAUGCUCGCAGACCUUCUCAAACAGCUGAAGACCACGAGCUCGUUUCUGCAACAAAAAUGUUUUUUUGCGAACCUUUUGACUUGUUCAUGUGCGCAACGGUGUACUAGUGUUGUCCUGGUCUCACCUCCACAGUGCAGGUAAAUAAGGUGCCGUCCAGCAGGGUCACUUUGGCCUGCAUGGUCCUGAAGUUCAGAGAAUUCCUGACCGGGGAGGGAGCGACUCGACUGCCCGGUGACAGGUGACCGGUUGACUCGUCUGCCAAUAAACUACCUUGGUAUUGGGAUGCCCUGCCCUCCCCUACCUGAACAGGAAAUGAAGUCACAUUUCUGCUGCUCUGCGCUGAUGAUGUUUUAAUGCUCCCUUGUUACCUGAAUGGGUGCGCAGUGGGCGCCGGCUUCAGGGAGAGACUCCGCCUCCUGUGGUUCACUUUGCUCUGUCGUCAUGGCGAUGAGUUGACCUGAAAGCAAAAUUCAGACUGAACUGGCUGUCAAUCUUUUGACCUGGCCAGCUGUCAUGUGAGGGUUGCCGUGGUAACAGUAGAGCCAGAGUGAGCGAGAGAGAGAUUAUGGAUGGCCGAGACGGUGAAGUACGUCGACGACGAGCACAAGAACAUUUUCCUCAGGUUGCUGAACGAGCAACGGCUGGAGGGCGACCACUGCGACAUUGCCGUGGUGGUUGAAGACGUCAAGUUCCGCGCUCACCGCUGCGUUCUGGCGGCGUGCUCCAACUACUUCAAGAAACUCUUCAAGAAACACGAGGUGGAUAACUCGUCUGUGAUCGAGAUCGACUUCAUCCGCUCCGACAUCUUUGAGGAGGUGUUGAACUACAUGUACACAGCCAAGAUUUCUAUCAAGAAGAGAGACAUCAACCUGAUGAUGUCAUCGGGACAAAUCCUAGGCAUCCGCUUCCUGGACAAACUCUGCUCGCAGAAGCGGGACAUGUCGUCUGAGGACAAAGACAAGUUUCCUUAUGACAUCGUAAAGAUGGCGCUGCCUCCUGAGGCGCAGCUGGCUGCUGAGGCAGAGGUUCUCGGGGAGCACGAGGACACGCCCACCGCAGAUGAUCUCGUUGGGGCCGCAGCCAAUCAGGAGCUGGAUAAGUCUCCCAAUGCGGCGCUUCGUGUUCAGGAGGCCAUUUUGAAGGAGCUGGCCAAUGAGGAUGUACACAAGGUGGCCUGCUAUGACCAAGAUGUGGUGCCAGAGAUGGAGGUGGAGCCAAAAGAACUUGGGGCAGAGCACCAUGCCACCCAGACGCUAACGUUUGCUGACAGCAUGGGCGAGGUGAAAGACGAGCAGCCGCCUGGAUGGGCGACCGCGACGGCGGACAUGAAGUUUGAAUACCUCCUGUACGGACACCGAGAGCAGCUGGCGUGCCACGUGUGCGCCAAGACCUUCUUGGAUGAGUCCAGACUCAGGAAACAUGAGAAGCUCCAUUCGGCCGAUCGUCCUUUUGCAUGUGAGAUCUGCUCGAAAGCGUUCACCACCCACGCUCACUUGAAAGAACACCUGAAGAUCCACACGGGCUUCAAGCCGUAUCGAUGCGAUGUUUGUGGGAAGUCGUUUAUCAGAGCUCCGGACCUGAAAAAACAUGAGCGUGUCCACAGCAACGAGCGUCCGUUUGCCUGCCAGAUGUGUGAAAAGGCUUUUAAACACAAAUCUCACCUGAAAGACCAUGAGAGGAGACACAGGGGAGAGAAACCGUUCGUCUGUACGUCCUGCACAAAGGCAUUUGCUAAGGCAUCUGAUCUUAAGCGCCACGAAAACAACAUGCACAGCGAGAGGAAACUUCUACAGAGCGACACGGACGCUCUGCAGGCGGCCGCCAUGGCUGCUGAGGAGUCACAAAUGGAUAAUAUGAGCUGCUCCUAACAUCUGGACUGGGCUGGACUCUCCAGUGGGCGGUGACAUCUCUGGCUGUCAUCUGUCUGUCAAGCUGUAUCGCCAUGGAAACUUUGGUGUGUAGGGGGGCGUGAACCUUGAUGAGGCCAACGCACAGCUCUGUGACCUUAACACACACACACACACACCACCAAAUCCAAAGUAAACACAAGUAAGCAGCAUCAUCAAACGUCUCACCUGCUUCUUGUUUUUGUCGUUCCUGCUCCUGAGCAGACGUCCCGGACGGGACAGCCCCAACUUGUGAUUGGACGCUUGGUUCAUUUGUCUCAGCUGCGACAACAGGAAGUUGGGCACCUGGCACAGGAAGCAUGGAUAUCAGCAAGAUGUAUCAGCACAGACUGAGCGGGUCGAACUCACCGUCCACAAGACGUCCUGGUUCGCGACCAUCAGGUGCACCAGGUGAGCCCCGCCCACCGCCUCCUCCAUGUCCUCUUGCUGCUUGGCCAAGGAGCGCUUGUUGCCACGCUGGUGGUGGGCAAAGAGGUUGGGCGCCAUGACCAUGGAGACAUUCCACAGAGACAUCCUAUUCUGGUCCUGAUGGGAGACAACCUUACUGAGGAACCCCAGCAGCGCCUAGGAAGUACAGAAAGGGGGGGCUGUAAACAUGGCAACAGUGAGUGGAGGCGGAGCUUUAAAGGUGUCGCUCACUCUCAGAGUUUCUCUGUUGGACUCGGGAAGCAACAACGACAACAUCUGCAGUGCUUGAACCUGGUGGACCACUGAUGACAUACCUACACACACACACACCUGUCAGCUUGAGUGUGUGUGUCUGCAUGUGUGUACGUGUGUGUUUGUACCCAGUACAGCCUGGUAGGUUGGCAGGUGUGCAUGUGUCAGCAGAGGAGUGGGCAACUCUCGGAUGAAAAGCUUGAGCAGACCCGCAGCGUCCACCUGUCUCACCUUGGACCAGUCGAAUCCCUCUGGACACCUGUCUAGCUCUCUGCGUAGGUACUGCACACACACACACACACACACAUGUUCAGCUGUGUAUUGACGUUGAGUCUUGCUGAAUAUGGGGGCAUACUGUGAAGUAAGUUUAGUGGGUUAGCGAAGUGUGUUGAGUGUAAAGCCGAGCUUGGCUGUUCAACGAAGGUGGCUCUCUUUUAAAGCAGCUGCAUCACCAUAGUAACUUAGGCUCAUAAGACUUAAACAUAUAACCUGGUCCUGACCAGGUUAAGUCCAGACUCUCGGCUUAAAAUCGGUUAUGAAAGCGCCGCUGUUUCACUGUGUAACUCAUUCGAAGAUGGUGUCACCAUUUAUUCAGAACCCGGUGGACAUGCAAGAAUAUUUUGGGGCAGCACUACGACGGGAGCGGCUAUUUCACACUGAUUUGCUAGCGUUCCCUGGUUAAAUUCUCUAUAAAAGCGGUAUAGAUUUUCAGCUGAGAGAAUGCGCUACAUUUGCUCACUUACUGAGCUGAGCAUCAGGAAUAAAAUGCUUUAUGAAAUAUUAGUAAGUUAAUAGGCCAAUGUUAGCAGACGUACAUGUCAUAGCAGUUCUUGUGUGAGUACUCAGCCACUUAGUCUUCUUUUAUUACAAUAUUUGCUGGAGGAAAAAGCACUCUGAGGCAUCAAUCAACUGCAAUAAAACACUUUUAUUUAAAAAAAAAAAAAAAGGAAAAAGUCGCCACAAAACACGUCAGCACUGCCACCUAGUGGUCUCCACGAGCUACAGCAUGUCUCAUGAGCACGUUGAUAUAACUCAUCAGUCGACCUAGUACUUAUUUGUCACAGAUAAUGAGUGGAAUGAAUGAUUUCAUUUUGAUAUGGCCAUGAAUAAACGGAUCAGUGUUUUACGUAUUGGGCAAUGUGAGUCACUAGCUGUCAAAAAAGUCUUUAUUGUCAUUGUACAGAGAUUGUACAUUGUACAGGAGAUACGCGUGUUCAUCCUGACACACAUUCUAUUGUUGAGAUCAGUAAAAUUUAAUUAAAAAAUGAACUCAUAACACUCCAUAAUAAUUACUUACUCUUCUUGUGUAAAAUACACCUGCUGGGAUCGCUUCAUUUUUGCACAGAAGUAGAAUAAUAUGACGUCAAACGCCCCCUUUGAUGUGAACGUGCACAAAGCUGAGAGCCGGACGUGACAAAGUAAGUUGAUAACCACCGUUGCGGUACCGUUUAAUUCUGUUUGGGGAAUUUAGGAUUUGUUGAGCUGCAGCCUGAGCACAAUACCUGGUUUUGUGGAGCCACUUUCUCAGUACACCUCCUGUGACUGAUUGACAUGGUUGUCAUGUUUGUGUUGUGUUACCUUGAGUCGAGCAGCUGAUCCGGAUACCCUGAGAAUACCUUCGGUCUGCAAACCGUUCUGCUCUAAAACACUCAACAACUACACACACACACACACACAACAAAGAAGGUGUUAGGAAUUGUCACCUUUAGCGACAUGCUAACAGCACAGUUGCCAGGUGAUGGCCUACAAAAGCAAAUAACCGCUGCGGUCUCUAAUUAGUGCCUGGUCAAAACACACGGGCUUAACAGCUGUGGCUGUAGGCAACCUCCUGAUAUAGUUUUUCAUCAACUUCACAGUUGUUGGUGUGAAACACAUGCGCGUUACACUUGCCAUACUGUUGUUUACAUUUAACACACCAUGCUGGCUAGGUUGCUCCUUACCACUAUUACAACAUUGGUUCUGUUGCACCUGUGUUGUGCGAUAUACUAGUACUUGUGGUCAAAGAGGGCUAUGUGUCCCAUUCCACUUUGCCAUGCACUCCAAAGCAUUCUUAAAGUUUGAUUUACAAUUAAGUAAAUAAGCACCACGGAUAUAAUCAUUUAGGGUAGUUCACCUUCUGAAAUACGACAGGGACUUUGACCGCUGGAAACUUCUUCCUGUCGUUCUCCAACAGCGUGUUGAGAGGAACGCCAAAGACGGCGCCGUCUAACAGAUGAAGGGAAAGAUUUUAAGAACUGUCAUGCUUAGAUGGUGUUUUACCAGAAAAUGAAGCGCACCCCAGCUCCUGCAGCGCGGUGGCCGGGUGCGUUUGGUUUGCACGCCCAUAGCCUGAAGGAAGGUGGCGAGCUCAAUGUGGCAGAUGAAACCCAGUCGCUUCAAGUCACCUGAGGACAGGUCAUCUGCCAAAGUGACACCCUGAGGUGGACAAACAAACUGGACACACACAUACACACGUUACACACAGAAGUGCAUUUUAUGCAAGGUCAAAAAGUCAAACUCACCGGCGUGUCUUUGCUGUCCUCUCCCCGGAAACGCUGGCAAUCCCAACAAUGUGCCCCGCCCCUUUUAUGCUCGGCCACACCUUCCGAGUAGGGACAGUCACGCACCAGCCAAUCAGCUUGCCUCGUCUGGCUGGGGGUGGGCGACGAGGUGGAUGUGUGCGUGGAAGAUGGGGGUGUGUGUGCGGGGUAUAACGUGUCGUCAGGUAGAUGAAAACUGGGAAGCAUGGGUCGCACUGUAAAAAAAAAAAAAAAAAAACCUUUAAUAGCUGGGUGAGUGAGAUGGGGGAAGACAUGAGAAGACAGUGACACGUGUACCUGAUGUUGUGUUGCGGCGAAUAGUUUUCGUGGUGAUAUGGUAGCGACUCGGCGGCGACUCGCUGCAUUGACUAGGGGAAGCGGGACUUGCUUCCAAGUCAAAGUCCGACUGGAGAGACAAGUGUCAAGACAGCCUGUGUGCACCAUCAUUUUUUGUGUCUUACCCCAAAGAUGUCUCGCACGUCUCUGAUUGGUCGGUUUCUUGCCCUCAGCGUGUGCUUGUAAUUGUCCAGUCUCGUCUUGACAGUGGCGGCCUGUUGGUGCGUCAGCGUGGACAGGAGUGCCUCAGCCGGAGGCGGAGCCUCCUCUGAUGACGAGCCCAUCACCAGCGACGAUAGCCCCGCCUCUGUUAGCCACGCUUCCUCCAGCUCCACCUCUGCAGUAUGUUUCCAUGGCGAUGCGCCGGGAGUCAGAGGUCGUUGUCUGGUUAGAUGGAGGUGGGCCAGAGCACGAGGAGCGAGAUGACAACAUCCUGUAAAAAUAUGUCAAAGGCAGUCACACACGUCUGCAGUAUUGAUCUCAUUGUGUGUGUGCGCGCGAGCGUGUGCCCAGGGGAGAAGGAAGUGAGAUGCUAACGCCAGCUGCAGCUGAGUGUCCAUUAAGAGGAAAUGCAUCCUGGCAGCCAAUCAGAUGGAAGAGUUUUCACUUAGAUCCUCUGUCUGUAAUCUGACCAUCUUAUUUUUCCUCCAAUUCGACCUUGUUACUUUGUGUUUUCAAGCACAGAAUUAUGUUAUUUUCCCCCUUCUUUAGUUUCUUGUAAGCUGAAUUUGACAGUAAUUAUAAUAAUACACAUGGAUGCAUCUUAUUCAAAAUGUUGCCUUUAAUGCUGUUGUUCAAUUGAAACAUUAGGACUGAAUCAAUUUAACUAACAAUAUUUCAGCAUGUCAAUAACUAACUGUAUGCCAUUAUGCCAAUAGUGCUCUGCGAGUAAUCAUGUCAAUACUGAUCAAUAUUUCGCCGUCAUCGUGUCAGUUCUAUCAUAGAUCAAUAAAGGGAAACAAAGAGAAGGACAACUCACCUCCGGAUGGUUUGUCUGCUGAUGGUCCA